CUCUGUUUCACUCAACGAACAGUAUGGCCCCAAUCUGGAUUUCGAUCGUUUGUCGUUCAGCAAACACGGCUUCUCAAAAGACUGUCCUGGGCGAUACGUCAUAAUCAAGAGGGGCAAGAUACAAGAUAGUUUGCUCGGGUGCCCAAGUCAAGUGAUCAUCUGUUGCACAGUAUAACCCGGCCUGCUGACCAUCUCCGACUGGGCAGACAACCUCAAUCCACUGGCCGCGACUCCAACAGGAUUUAGUAUUUUUGGAGCUCUUCUAGACUCGAUACAUUUUGAGAAGUAACCUUGAGCUUCACUCAAAAAGGGAGCGCUGCCUGAAGGGGAAGGCCCCGCAUUCUUAUUUUGUUUUCCCCCGCCAUCCUUAAAUUUUCCCUCUCUUUUCUCUGCGCCACAGCCCCUGCUUUGGACCACAAGUCUAUUGGAAACCCAGAAUGCGAUCAACGUCAGAGUUAAGCAACAUGGUGGCCUUGAACGGGGCUCUGCCUGAACUGGCCGAGCAGCAGGCCGAGGAUACAAUUCCCGAGUCCCGCGUCCUCAUCAUUAUGACUGGAGGUACCAUUUGUAUGCGGCAAUCACCAUCGGGUUUUGUACCUGCCCGGGGCUUCCAAGAUCAGUGUCUCGCCCGUGUUCCGACUUUUAAUGAUGGUUCCCACACGAGCAUGAUGGACGUCGUCGUGAACGCGGACAAAGAGGUGGAGGGGCAUCCCAGUCUGCGGACACCAGUAACCGCAUAUGGCCAGCGAGUAAGAUACACCGUGUUCGAGUUUGAGGAGCUGCUAGACAGUAGUUCCAUCGAUGCGAAAGGUUGGGCCGAGAUCGCUCGCACCGUUGAGCGGAACUACACACGCUUCGACGGCUUCGUCGUCCUGCACGGCACAGACAGUCUGGCCUAUACUUGCUCGGCUCUCAGUUUCAUGUUGCAGAACCUCGGAAAACCGGUGGUCUUGACGGGUGCCCAGGCCCCGAUGCUCGAGUUGCAGAACGAUGCCACGGAUAACCUUCUUGGAUCACUUGUUGUGGCCGGCCACUUCAUGAUUCCCGAGGUCUGUCUGUAUUUCAACAACAAGCUGUUCCGCGGAAACAGAUCAUGCAAGGUGGCGGCCAGUGAUUUCGCUGCCUUCAACUCUCCCAAUUGCCCCCCGUUGGCGGUCACAACCUCAAUGCGCACGAAUGUGGAUUGGGAGCUGGUAAAUCGACCCAAGAGCUUGGACCAUUUCAGCAUUCAGACUAACCUGGACACUACCCACGUUGCCUGUCUUCGUAUCUUCCCCGGUAUCAAACCAGAAAUGGUGGACGCUGUGUUGAAACUGGAUGGUCUCCGCGGUUUGGUCCUGGAGACCUUUGGGGCCGGAAAUGCACCUAGCGGGCAGGAUAAUGCUAUGACCAACGUGCUGGCUGCUGCCAUCAAGAGAGGCAUCGUCAUCGUCAACGUGACUCAGUGUCUCACUGGAAGUGUCAGCCCGGUCUACGCUCCGGGUAUGAGCCUGUCCCGCGCAGGUGUUGUCGCCGGACUCGACCUGACCACCGAGGCGGCAUUGACGAAGCUGGCGUAUCUUCUUGCCCUGCCCGAAUCCACUCCGGAAUGGGUCGCUAAAAACAUGUCUGUAUCUCUCCGCGGAGAAUUGACGGAGAUGUCCCAGCCUGUAUUCCGCCACCCAGACGGUGCCCUUCCGGAGCGUGUCCAGUCUCUUACCGUCCUGGGCUACACUAUCGCCCAGGGAGACAUUGACCGGGUGAAAGAAAUCGUGGUCAGAGAGCACCAUUGGCUGCUCAAUGAUGCCGAUUACUCGGGCAAUACUCCGAUCCAUCUCGCGGCCACCUCUCCCUCUGUCGAAAUCUUGCGCUAUCUCCUUCUACAGGGUGGUUCAGUGCACAUCCGAAACCGCAACGGUCGCACGCCUUUGUUCCUGGCGGCCAACGCAGGACUCUCCGAGCACGUGCUGCUGCUCCGUAAGUCCGGAGGCCACUUGCACUCGGAUGAGCGGACUGCCGCGCAGCUGCUCGCGCGGCGACGCCCGGCGGUCUGGGGCCUGGCGGGCAUCGGCCCUCGGGAGGUCAGUGAGCGGGAAUUGGAGGAAAUCGACGAUGAGGGCUCGUCCCUGGGCCGCACGGCGGAGAAGUUGAUGGCUGGAUCGGCACCUUGAGCAUAAAUCCUUAUAACACAGAUGAUAGAUAUGUCUUUACCUAGAUUUGGUGUGAAAGAGAAGUUCGGAUCUGGCACCAAUCCGCCUCGGGUGGAUAAGGUGCGAGUGGAGGGGACAGUGGUGACGGACUCAUUAACGGCGCGGGUCUGUUUGGGAGUCUGUUACUUGUGCUAACCAGUAUUAUCAGUCCGAGUGUUGUGGACUCCUAGAUCACCUUGUUUGCGCAUGGUCGCUAUAUCCCUGGUGUUAGACAACCGUGGCUUAUGCUUAGACAUCGCACUUCACUAAAUGCGCCAAC